AAUAAGAGGUGCUGGUAUGUCCAAAUCCUCCCACUUUCUAACGGAAAACACUUUAUUAUCUUGAAACCUAAUUAAAUCCUCUCUUAGCAUGUACAUUUUUUCUCUCUUUGUCUUCUCCACCUCCACCGGCAAAAUUCUUUUCGACCCAAGAAUUUCGUCUUAUAGAACAUAUAUGUAAUACCACUUUUCAUCCUUCAUCUGCAAAGUUUCUUUAUUUUGUUCCAGGGAAGAACUAAUUGAUAUUAGCUGUUUAGAAGAACUAGGGUUUCAAGAUUUUUCUGGAAGUUUAUCGUUAGCUGGCCGGAGCAGAUGUGUAGCAGAGGGCACUGGAGACCAGCUGAAGAUGACAAGCUUCGUGAAUUGGUCGAACGAUAUGGACCACAUAACUGGAAUGCCAUAGCUGAAAAGCUACAGGGAAGAUCAGGGAAGAGUUGUAGGUUGAGGUGGUUCAAUCAGUUGGAUCCAAGAAUUAACCGAAGCCCUUUCACAGAAGAAGAAGAAGAGAGGCUUCUUGCUUGUCAUCGGAUUCAUGGGAACCGAUGGGCUAUAAUUGCUCGGCUCUUCCCCGGUCGUACUGAUAAUGCUGUGAAAAAUCACUGGCAUGUUAUCAUGGGUCGAAAAUGGAGAGAGAGGUCGAAAAUAUACGCCAAAAGAUCAGCACAAGCUUUGGGAAAUGAUCAAAAGCCCUCAUCAAAUCAAGAUAUCCCAGUUUUCGACGAAAAAAGUUUGAGCUUUAAUCCUUUAGUAGAAAAAUAUCCUCAGAAAUUCGAGUACCCUUUAACGUACAGUCAACCCCUACACCGGAAGGAGCUUCAUUCGGACAAUAUGGUACAUCACAUGGAGAUAGAUGAAGAUAGAAGAAAACCAACAAUAGAGUUCUACGACUUUCUUCAAGUGAAUUCCGAUAACUCGAACCGAAAUGAAGUAAUAGAACAUGCAAAGAAGUUAGACGACGAGGACGUGGAGCAGGAACUUGUAGCAGUUCAAAAUCAAACGAAGGAGGCUGCUGCUGUUCAGUUUAUAAAUUUUCUAUCAGUUCAAAGAGACUCUUAAAUCUUCUUAACUUUGCUUUCUUGAAUAUAAACAAUGCAGGGUUAAAUUACGAUAUCAAGAAGGUUUAGCAGAUAAUAUACUUCUGAUUAUUCAGUUUUUCAAAACUAUAGGAUCAAUCCUGAAUAUGCAUUGGCAGAGGAAUCUGCAUGCAUGUGUAAUUAGGGUAUACAUGUAGCUUUUAUAAUUAUGUAUUGAAAAAUUGAAUGAAAAGAAAAGAAAAAUCUUCAUA